UAUACAGUAUCUUUUGACGCAAAGAAGUAAACGGAUGUGUUUUAUAACAUCAACAAUUGCGGCAAAUAAACAUGCAAAAAUAUCUCAAAAUAUUAACUGUUUUUUUAAUCGUUGCGCCAAGUUGGACUGUGAGCAUACAACUAAAUGAAGACAUUCAGAAAAAAAUUGAAGAAAAUGAGGAAAAAAUUAGACAAUUGGAAGCUCAAAAUCAAGAGAACGAAAAAUACCUAAACUUUGAGGAAGCAAUUACUUCUACAAAAGAUCGCAUUUCAGCUUUGGAGAAGCGAUUAAACCAAUGUCGAAAUCAGAGCAAAAGAAGACAGUGUAAGGCCGAUGAUGCUAACGAAUUAAACAAAGUAGCUGAGAAUAGCUUAAAAAUCUUAGUAGCGUGUCAAAAGGAUUUGGAAGCCCAAAGGAAUGAGUCUACUAAUCAAAAUAUGUUGAACUACAAGAAUAACGAAGUAAUCAAGGAGUUGCAAUUGAAGAUGGAACUAAACCAAAGAAAAUUAAAUUAUUGGCGAAAACGCUGUAUAAGAGUUAGCAAACAGCUAAAGAAUGUGGAGCAGAAUCUAAUAUCUAAGGAAGAUGAAUUAAACAAAUGUAUUUCAAAGAAUCAGAGGAUAUAUGUACCUCGAACUCAGAACAACUUCAAAAGUCCCCCAAGCUCGUGUUUAAACCUUACUAAAGGUGUUAAACAGAUACAACUUACAAAUGGAAUAUCAUUUGAAGCGGUUUGCGAUGGCGAUGGUUGGAUGAUAAUUCAGCAACGAUUUGAUGGAAGUGAAAACUUUGUUAGAUACUGGUCAGAUUACGUGAAUGGAUUUGGAAACUUGGGAGGAGAAUUUUGGAUUGGAUUGGAAAAAUUGCAUUUGGUUACGAAUUUAGCUCGCCAUCUAUUGUUAAUUUCGAUAAUAAAUUCAAGGGAGUCAUUUGUGGCAGAAUACGAUGACUUUAGAGUUGGAAACUCCGCAACAUUCUACAAUUUGGAAUCAAUAGGAAAAUACACUGGCAACUUGAAUGUCUUAGGACGGAAUGUAAAUCGUCAAUUUGUAACUUUCGAUCAAAAUCGUAAUUUAAAUGGUUUUGCGAAUUGUCUUGAAGGCGGCUGGUGGUUUCUACCCAAUUGUGAAGAUUACAAUCUAAAUGCUCUCUACAAUCAAGGAGUACUCUGGUCUAACCGCAAUACAAUCAUGAAGAUUCGCCCAAAUGGAAUUGGACAUUGAGAGGCUCAGGCUUAAAAUCUUUAACUCCAAUAUGAUAUAAAUUGAGAGACGAGUUGAUGUUUUCUGUAAGGUGAUCUUUUCAUUUUGCCAAGAUGAUCAAUUGCAUUUGUAUCAUCAAGAAAUUUAAAUAUAUAAUCGUGAAUUGAA